AUGUUUGAAAUAACAUUUUUAGGUACUUCAGGAGGUCCUAUUGAAGGUACAAAUUGUUGUAUAUUAUUGAAAUCUUCAGAUAAAUCAUAUAAAGAAAUAAUUGAAAAUAAUUUAUCGGAUGAAAUUUUAUGUAUCGAUGCUGGAUCAGGAAUAAAUAGAUUAUCAGAAGUGAUUUAUAAUGAAAUCAAUAAUCUUGAAUUCAAUCAAAGUUUGAAUCUUUAUAAUGAUAAAUCUUCAGUAGAACAUUAUUAUCAUGAAUCUAUGAAUAUAAUUAAACCAUUUAAAGAUCUUAAUAAUCCUCAUAAUGAUGAUACUACACCAAUUGGAUUAUCAAUGAAAAUUUUCGAUAAUAUUAAUAAUUAUAUUAUUUCCCAUCCUCAUUUAGAUCAUAUUAAUUCAUUGGUACUAAACUCACCAAAUUUUUCCGUUCAAAAUUCAAAAAAUGUUAUUGCAUCAUCAUCAACAAUUGAUUCUUUAGAUAAAUUUAUUUUUAAUGGUAUAAUAUGGCCAAAUAUGCAAGAAUUUAAAAUCUUAAAAUUCAAUAAAAUCGAUUAUCAUCAACAAUUUGAAUUGAAUAAUUUCACUAUUAAAAUGUAUAAAUUAAGUCAUGGUAAAUUAUUUAAUUCAAUCAAAAGAAAUAAUUCAAUAUCAUUAAUUGAAAAUUAUCAAUUAAAUCAAAAACAAAAGAAUGAUUAUCAUACAACUUCAACCCCAUAUUUAUCCUCAGCAUUUUUAAUUUCUAAUCGUUUAGAUAACGAUAUCCUUAUAUUUGGAGAUUUUGAAAGUGAUUCAGUUUCAGGAUUAAAUUUCAAUUCUUUAAUUUGGAAAGAUAUAAGUCCAUUGAUUAUUUCAAACCGAUUAAAUAUCAUUGUUGUUGAAUGUUCAAAUUCCAAUUUAUCAACAAAUAAUCUUUAUGGACAUUUAAAUCCAAUUUAUUUAUUUCAAGAACUUGUUUUAUUAAAUGAUUUUUGUAAGCAAUUAACUUCUGAUCCUCAUCCUUUAGAGAAUUUGAAUAUUAUCGUUAAUCAUAUCAAAGAAACUUCCACAAGUAAUCCAAGGAAGAAGAUUUUACAAAUUCUUAAUGAAUUCAAUGAAAAGUAUGAUUUAAGAAUUAAAUUUUCAAUUGCAUUAUCUGGAGUUAGUGUAAGCAUUUAA